GCCCUAGCUUCUCGGCUCUUCCCAGUGUUGUUUCAGGGUGUACAAUUGUAAAAAAAAGCUGUACCACUUGCAUGUUCAACUUUACCAAGGUGAUACAAUCAGAAAAUAUGUACAAAACUGUACAAUUCGACAAUAUUGAAUUCUUUGUUGAUGUAUUCUGAUAUUUCUGAUUCCACACAAUAUGUGGAGUGAAGAGUGUUCAUUGUUCCGUGAAUCCGAGAGAGUAUGUUUUCGCCAUUGUCUGCUAAAUAUGGAGAAAAAAAUCUAGUGAAAGCAUCGGUCACCUCGGUUGAUUAACGCAACAUAUCCAAUAUAUAGUACCAUAGAUUCGUCAAUCCCGUCGUCCCGGUUGGAACACCAGAGCAGAGAACCAGAGGAUUUGUCAAAAUCUCCGGUUGGGGGGUAGUGUGCCCAGCGGCGUCCGAAAUUAGAAUGAUGGAAAUAAGUAGAAAAAAAGGCCGACGUUAAAAAGAAGAAGAAGUAAUUGUCAAAGAACAGCUGAUAAACAGGAUUUAGCAAAAUUUUGACAGAAGUCAACAAUCAACAUUGUUUUUUGUUUAGUGUUUGGUGUUCUUUUUAAUACAAAAAUUAUCUCCAUAUUAUUCAUGUGAUUCCUAUUUGCAAAUUCAGCAAUGUCAGGCACCCCUAGAGAAGAGCAGAACUGUUAUAUUCCUGCAGUGAAUAAUCUUUCAGAGGGGCUAUUGAAAAUCUAUGAACCUUCUUUAACAAAUCUGCAAAUACAACUUGCUGAAAUGCAAUCAAAACAAAACAAACUAACCAGUCAAAUUCAUGAAGAAAAUAUCAGUUUGGCAAAAGUUCAAUAUUCUACCGAAAUACAAGAUACAUUCAAGAAGAUGUCACUUUAUCACAAUAAGUUGUUGGGCAUCAAAAGAGAUAUGAAACAGAUACAUGAAAGGAGUAUGAAACUCAAGAAGCGAGCAAUAAAAAUACAACAAUUUAGAGAAAAAGAAAUGCUAGCAAAAGAGAAGAUUGAACAAGAGCUGAAACGGGAACAAGAGUUAAUUGGUCCAGGACCAAGUAGUAGUGAAUCAUCAUGAAAUAUUACCAUAAACUAUAGAUAUAUUUGAAAGAUAAAAAAUUUCUGAGGCAAUUUCUAUUAAACUGAACUUUUACCAAAUGAUAGGUAUUUGAUAAUUAAUAUCAUAAAGGUAAUUAAUAGAUAAUUUUGAAAUGAAGGUUGGACAAAAUUUGGUAUUGUACAUAUACAUAUAGAGACAUGUAUUUUUAUCAUUUUUAUGUUAAUAAAUAUUGUCCAGAAGGGCACAGUAAAAAGGUAUUUCCAUGUACAGAAUUAUUAUAUACAGGGUGUUACAAAUUCCUGGCUAAGCAUGAUACAGAGUAGGUUAAAUUAGGGUUAAAGUUGC